UUCAUCCAUUGAUUAUUCCACUUUUCAUUUUCUAUAUUUCUCCCUGAAUUAUCAAAACUAGUACAACAAAUGAGAUAAUUAGGCUAUUCAACUAGUUGUAAAUUGCUGCUCUCAACAAUGAUUAAGGCAAUUUUAGUGUUCAACAACCAUGGGAAGCCGAGAUUAUCUAAAUUCUAUCAGUACUUUAAUGAAGAUAUGCAGCAGCAGAUCAUAAAGGAAACAUUCCAACUGGUGUCGAAGCGGGAUGACAAUGUGUGCAAUUUCUUGGAGGGUGGAAGUCUCAUUGGAGGUUCAGACUACAAGUUGAUCUACAGACAUUAUGCAACACUGUAUUUUGUGUUUUGUGUAGACAGCUCGGAGAGCGAACUGGGAAUUCUAGAUCUAAUACAGGUAUUUGUGGAGACCCUUGACAAAUGCUUCGAGAAUGUUUGCGAACUGGACUUGAUCUUCCACGCAGACGCAGCACACCAGGUUCUGGACGAGCUGGUGAUGGGCGGGAUGGUGCUGCAAACAAACAUGGCGGACAUUCUGUGUAGACUACAGGAGCAGAACAAGAUGCAGAAGGCUGAGGCGGGUAUAUCGGCGGCGCCGGCGCGCGCCGUGUCGGCGGUGAAGAGCAUGAACCUGCCGCAGCAGCUGCGCGACAUGCGGCUGCCCGACCUGCCGCAGGCCAUCAAGGACCUGAAGUUCUGACCGCUGCAGCAGGCGUACCCCGCCACGCCAGUCGCCCUAGCCACCAACAUCAUCAACACCAUCUGCCCCGACAAAUACCAGAACCUCCAACCGGAACUAACCUCAAAGUUCUUCGGCAGCGAGACACUCUCCACCAAGUUCGCUGAGAGCUUCGCUGAGAAUUAUCAGCAGACCGAAGGGAUAAAUUUUCCAGAGUAUGAGACGCAGAAAAAUGAAGGUUAUCAGGAUUUAAGUGGGGCGGUGGAGUAUAGGAAAAGAAAGAAGAAGAAGAAGGGUAAGAAUUGAGGGACCAGAACGGAGACAUGCUUAUUGGUUUUAAUUUUUUAGGGACUUUAAAAUGGUAUCCAUCUUUUUGUUACUUCUACCAAGGAAUAUGAGCUCUUUCGAUUCUGAUAGGACUCCUGUCCCGGUUUUUUCCAAAAGCAUACAAGCAUAUUGACACAAUUUUUCAUCUAAGGUCAUACGAAGUAUGCAACUAUGAGGCUAUUGCGUCUAAUAAUUUUCCGAACGAAUAAAACAUCAAAACUUCGAAAUUUUUAUUGUAGGUACACAAGAAUAUUUACAGGGUUGUUAAAAUUUAUUUAUUUAUUUUUCAUAUAUUACAUUUCACAGCAUAACGGUAAUCCAAAGCACUGUGAAACCAAUAGACAUUUCAUACACAUAGUACUUACACAAGUCAACAUUAACAUAUAACAGAAGAAGGCCGUUCAUUCAUCGUCUCGCAGAACCUCAAGCAUUCAUAACACACGUCCAACCAUCCACUCGCAAACACAUCACAGUUUGGUGCUGAUUCGAGGAGCGAGUUUAUCAGGUGUCAGGUGUCACGGUCGCCACUAUAGGGUAUUUGACAACAUUAAAAAUAUAUAACGAAUUGCUGUCAUCCUGAAAGAUAAUACACUAAUAAAGUAUAUUUCACUAUAUUUGAAUGUAAAUUAUGUUUAGUUUUUGGAAUAUAAACGAAAGAAAAUCUAAUAUUUUUUGAAAUUUCAUCAGGGACGUGAACGCUCUGUGAUUGGUCAACGCUCGGAUGACGUCACACGCGGGUAAACAUUCUUGAUUGCCUUGAGUGUUUUAACUGUUUUAUUUGUAUUUAGUUAAUUUUAGUUAUUGUUCCACAGUUUUCUGAUAUAUUCCGAUUUAUCCGUAUAUCUAGUAGCACAAUAUUCAUAAGAAUCUCAAAAUGGAGCCGAAAUAUGUGAAAGCUGAUAGCGGCAACCUACCAGACAGACGCAUUAAUGGUUGCACUUUUCUUUAAAGAUAAUCCGGAUUACUAUGCUGCGGAACUAAGAAAUGUAAAAACAGCUGUGUGAGUAUACGUAGAAAUUGUUUAUUUACGAACAUUUCGAUUUCGAUGAUACGAAUACGACGACGAUAUAUAUAUAGAAUACGAUGACGAGAAUAGUAUCUCCAUACUGCACUUUAGUUUAAAAGAAAAAGUAUGCUACUAACUACCUACUAAUGCUGAAAGAGCUAUGUUAUGAGGUUAUGUAGUAAUACAUUAAAUACCCAGAUCUUGUUUCGUUAAAUACAACUAAAUCCGCUGCUUUAACUACCAUAUUUAUUUACAGUUAAAUAUUACUUACAUUGAAGUGGUCUUCACACAUAAAAACAUUUGUAUGCGCUAAAAUGCUCUUUGGGUCUCUUCGCGCUAGUUUUAACCACAUUUUUCUUUUUUGGGAUUCGUUGGAACGGAAACAAACAAUUUAUCUGGAUUUUUUAUAGUCGUACUUGAACAUUGCGGCACUAUACACCAUUUAUAUACCAUUUUACAGUGAAAUAAUCAAUUCAAUGCACAUAAACCAUAAGAUUUACUAAGGUCAUUGACUGAGUUUACUCGCGUGUGACGUCACACGUGUCACGUGAUUAGCCCCUUUGCAAAAACAGCGUUUAAGGCGCGUUCAAAAUAAAUAAACUUUAACAUUGUUUUUUUAUAUUUAAUACAGGAAAUUUCACGGAAAUAUUAAUGUAGUGUAAUUAUUAAGUUAUAAAUAAUCAAUUAGAACCAUUUUCAAAAAUUAGUCAAAUAGCCUAUUGUCCAGGCGGACAGUAAGAAAUCCAGAAACGCAACAGCAAACUCCUUAGUUCUUCGAAUCGGCGAGUCGACGGGCACACUCUGGCGCAGGCCCCCGCUGCUCAGAGCCAAUUUCUGUAUUUUCGUAACUUUAAUUGAAACUGUAAACCUAGUAAUAAAAUUUAUAAACUGGGUUUCUUAUCGUCCGCCUGGACAAUAGUGGCGGUGACAAGCGGUGAUUAAACACAGUUGACAAAAUCCUACCGUAAUCGUAGGUACCUCUGGCAUAAAAAUAUACUAAUCAGGUUGCUCUGGUUCCUACACUAGGCUUAGCCUGUCUCGUAGGUAACCCAGACUAGAAUGAGUUUAUUUAUACAAUUGUAAUUUAAAGAAUGCUUUCUAUUAUGUUACGUUUUAUUCCAAGUAGCUCAGGCUUUUAUCACUAGAUAACGAGAGCUUUUUCACGUUUUUUUUUAAAGAAACUCAUAUAGACCUAAUAACACCAUAGUUGCAUUUAUCCCGGUCCAUUUACGAGAAUUAUCAGUGUUUAUGGGAAGAAAUAUCAUUAGAUAAAUUUCUGAAAUGCUGAUAUAGAUUAAUACUAAUUAUUCGACUGCUGUUGAAGGCGGAGUAAGGUUUUAGAGUGUAUAUAUGUAUUUGUAUGUAUAUGUAUAUCUAUUUUACAUUUAAUGAGCUUAAAAGCCUAAACAUCUUGGUGGUUUUUAUGUAAAAUGUUGUUAUGUAUGUCAAUUGUAGGAGUGUCGUAAGAUAUUAAGCAGUCGGACUUAGUGCGGUUUCAGACUAGCGUAUUUGGGGUUCCGUACCCAAAGGGUAAAAACGGGACCCUAUUACUAAGACUCCGCUGUCCGUCCGCCUGUCUCUCAUGUUAUGAACCGUGAUAGCUAGACAGUUGAAAUUUUCACAGAUAUAUUUCGGUUGCCGCUAUAACAACAAAUACUAAAAACAGAAUAGAAUCAAUGUUUAAGUGUGGCUCCCAUAUAACAAACGUGAUUUUUUUGCCGUUUUUUUCGUAAUUGCACGGAAUUGCUUCGUGCACGAGUCCGACUCGCACUUGGCCGGUUUUUUCUACGCUUACUUAUACGGUCGUUUCGGCGGUACGAGUUUACACGCGCGUUACUUUUCCCUACAUUUGGUCUUAACGAGCUUACACGCGCAUACGCGUACGCUCGUAUAGCUAGUCUGAAUCCGCCCUUAGAAAUCUUCUAGUAUAAUCUUUGGUUCACAAAUAACCCUUCAGUUGACGUCUUUGACGGUUUAAGUGUUAAAUAACUCUAAAUGUGACGUUUUCAACCAAAAGGUACCACAUUAUCGCUUGUUGAUAAGGUUGAUUUCUAAUUGAAGCUAUAUGGAAAUAGCGCCUUACUGACAAGCGACAAUAAGUACCCUUUUGGUUGAAAAUGGCACAAUUGUAAUGGGGUUGGCACCUCUGCACAAAAGAUCCCUAUGGGUCGAAGUGUAUCCGAAAGGGCCCCCGAAACUAUAAGAUAUAAUGGGGUUGGCAACUGUCAAAGGUUUGCAGAGAUGGCGCCAUCAUAGCUUGCCCCUCUUUCUAUGAGAUUUGGUUUAAAGGGCUGGCAUCCAGGGUAUUAAAAAAAACAAAAUUUUAAACAGUUCUAGCAUGGAGACUAUAUAAAGUUCUAGGGAUUGACAGGGCAAGCUAUGCUGGCGCCAUCUGCUAAACAUUUCGACCGGCCAACCCCAUUGUAAUGCUUUAUUUGUGCUCUGAAAUGUUCUGGCAAAGAUACUGGAUGAUUAUUACUAGAGUAUAGAGUAACCGAUUGAAGUGUACUAAAAAAUAAUAAGUGAGAUGUAAUAUUAAAUUGAUUUUGUAUAAAAAAUACCAUAUAGGUGAUACUAUCUGCACAUAUUUAUUCUUAUUUCAUUUGAAAAAAAAACGUAAAAUUUUUACCAAUGGCCGCUCAAGUGUGUCUUCGUUUCGUGUAACUAGACUAGUUAUUUAGAAAAUCUAUUUACUAAAUAUUAUGUCCGUCUUAACCCAUAUAUGCCCAUUGGGUCGUUUUUGACCCACUGAAUGAAACUCCUACGCAUUAAAAUUAGUAGGAGAAUUAGCCUGGAUCCUCAACGAAUCCAGAUCAAAGACUAGUUAUGGUUAUAUAUGGGUCAAUAUGCAAGAAUGAAACACACAAAAAAAAAAUAUUUCAGCCUAUACACGUCCCACUGCUGGGCACAGGCCUCCUCUCAUGCACGAGAGGGAUUGGGUUAUAGUCCCCACGCUAGCCAAAUGCGGGUUGGGGACUUCACAUACACCUUUGAAAUUCUUCGCGGAUGUAUGCAGGUUUCCUCGCGAUGUUUUCCUUCACCGAAAAGCUAGUGGUAAAUAUCAAAUGAUAUUUCGUACAUAAGUUCCGUAAAACUCAUUGGUAUGAGCAUAGAGUAACUUAUACUAGAGCGGUACUGUCAUAGUAAAUUUUGUAACCCCAGUAAAUUCACUGUUAUCUGUCGACACACUUUAAAACUAAAAAUGUAUUUAAAUAUAGAUAAAUGAUUUUUUUUAUUUGCUUUAAUUUUUUUAUGAUUUUGACCCAUGUUCUUUCACUGAUAUGCGUUAAAAUUGUUAAAUAACAAACGAAACCGUCAACGCCAUCUAUACGACAGUUGGCCAAAGCUAGUAGCGCCCUCUGAACGAGAAUCAAAUUUUCUUGAUUUUCGAGGCACGUUUUUUUCUUAGACUGUAUCCAUCUAUUACGGAGUUAUAUCUAUCUUUGGUAUGAGCCAGGAUUUAAACCCGCGACCUCCGGAUUGAAAGUCGGACGUCAGAUCCGGCCACCACCGCUUGAAACGCUAAAAAAGUACAGUUUGAAAAUAAGUUAUGAUCUUGUUUAUAAAAAAAAGGUUAUUAUAUUUUAAUUUCCACUUAAAAUGUGUAUAAAAAUGUAAUUAUAUUACAUUCCAUUAGUUGGUUUAAACACACAAUUAUAAAUAUUGUUAAUAUGAGAGAAAUUUAUAUAAAAACAAAUCUAAAAUGUCUAUGGCGUAAGGCGACGGUGAAUUGCUUGAAUAGUGAAUAAUACGUAAAAAUAAUUGUAUUUAGCUUAUAAGAAAUAUAUUUUAUGUUACAAUUA